AUGCUACCCAAAGGGUACCGACCCCCGACUAUUGGGGAAUACGAUGGCAGCAAAGAUCUUGAGGAUCAUCUCCGUAAGUUCCGAAACGCGGCUCUGCUGCAUCAAUACAGCGACGCCGUAAAGUGUCAGGUGUUCCUGAACACUCUAUCAGGCUCCGCCCAAAAGUGGUUUGAUGGACUGUCGCAUGGGUCCAUCACCUGCUUCUCCGACUUCAAGAUAGCAUUCCUGCGCCACUUCGCCAGCAGCAGGAAGUAUCAAAAGAUAGAUCACUGCUUGUUUGCUCUUAAGCAAGGAUCUGCCGAGCCGUUGAGAAGCUACAUCAAGCGUUUUAAUCAUGUGGCCCAGGACGUUCCCUCGGCCAUAUCAGAAAUACUUAUGAGCACCUUCUCACAUGGGCUGAUCGAGGGAGAAUUCUUUAGAGAACUCAUCAGAAAUCCGUGUAAGGAAUUUCGAUGA